GGCAUCUCAGAGUGGAAUACAAGAGAUCUUAGAGAAAAUGAUCAGGAUGGUUGGACCCAUCAGUGUUGCAUCUUUUAUGAAAUAUUGCCUGACGAAUCCCACAGGAGGAUAUUAUACAGGCAGAUAUCCGUUUGGAACAGACGGGGAUUUUAUUACAUCACCAGAGAUUUCUCAAAUUUUUGGGGAGUUGAUAGGUAUUUGGAUGAUAUAUGAAUGGGAUAUUAAGGAAAAGCCGUCUAAAAUAACAUGGAUUGAGCUAGGACCAGGACGAGGAACAUUAACAGAUGAUUAUUUAAGAACAGCAAUGGUGUUUAAAGAUUAUUUUCAAGCAAUUGAAUCAUUAAGAUUAAUUGAGAUAAGCCCGGUUUUGCGUGAAACCCAGCGUCAAUUGCUUUGUGGCUCUAAUACGGUGGAAAAUAUUGGUUCAGAUGUGUGGAAAUGCUUAAGUAAAUAUGGAAUACCUGUUUAUUGGUAUGAACGAUUUGAUCAACUUCCAACAGAUCUUUCUACACCGUUUAUUGUUGCACAUGAGUUUUUUGAUUCAAUGCCAAUUCAUAAAUUUGAGAAAACAGAGCAUGGAUGGAGGGAGUUUUUGGUUGAUUUGGUAUCUCAGGAUGCUUUAUAUACUAAGGAUUCUAUGGGAGAUUCGUCAAAGCCUUUACAAUUUCGUUUAGUUUUAUCAAAACGACCGACUUAUCAUAGUUUAACCCUUCCAAGUAUUUCUCAGCGAUAUUCUAUGCUUCCUGUAGGAUCAUGUAUUGAGAUAUCACCGGAAUCUCUUGUUCUUAUGGAAAGAAUUUCUAAAAUUCUUUUGAAUAAUUCAAAUACAGCGUAUGGAUCUGCUUUAAUUAUUGAUUAUGGACCUUCAGAUACUAUUCCAAUUCAUACAUUGCGAGGAAUUCGUUCACAUCAUAUUGUAUCACCUUUUGAAAAGCCUGGAGAAGUGGAUCUUUCUUCUGAUGUAGAUUUUCAAGCUCUUAAAGAGGUUGUACUUAAACAUGAUGAGCUUGAGGUUUAUGGACCCAUUGAACAGGGUACUUGGCUGAAAACAAUGGGAAUUGAGGUUAGAGCAAAGGCAUUAAUGGAUGCUUCUAGGAGUAUUUCCAAUAAAAAACGAAUAGAAUUGUCAUAUAAAAGAUUAAUUGAAAGAAGCGGUGGUGCAAUGGGAAAAGUAUACAAAUUUAUGGCUAUUGUUUCAAAAAGAAAUGCAUGUCCUGCUGGGUUCUAUUAAAUACUUCGUCUUUACCUAAUAAUGUAUACAAUAAUCGAAGCAAUU